UCCCGCCCCGCGGGCAGGUCCUCGCGCGCCGAGGGGAAACUUUUCCCGCAGCGGCGCCGCUGGGAGAAGCGCGCGCGCGCGCGAUCCUGCCUUUGCUGCCCUCGCGCCCGGCCGGGCGCCAUGGCCGGGGUCGGCGGGCGGGGCCGCGGCCGCCGCUUUGUCCCAGGCGCCAGGUGGCGGCCGGCGGGCGGUCGCUGAGGAGCGGGCGGGCAUGGCCUCCCCGCCCGGCGGCGAGCAGCGGGCUCUGCGGGAGCGGGUGGCGGCGCUGGAGGCGGACCUGGGCGCCUGCCGCGGGCAGCUAGAGCGGGUGCAGCGCCGGCUGCGCCGCACCGAGCGCCUCUACCGCGAGGCGCGGGAGGACAACGAGGCGCUGAGGAGACAGGUUGAAGAGCUCACUAAGGAAAUCCAUAAUAGGAAGGAGAAAGAUACGUCUAGCAUAGAAGUACAGACAGAGGACUAUGCUGCGUGGUCACAAGCAGAUUAUUACUACUACGAAAAUUAUUACAAUCACACUGAUGCUCAAGAUUGUGCAUCUGAACUGCCAGUGCAGCACAAUCAUGGGACUGAAGGCACUGAGCAUAACUCCAGAGAGGAAUCAGAGACAGGUGCUAGUAUUCCCUUAAGGAUGGAUACCACCAAAGUUGCUGAUGGUGGAGAAGAGGAAAACUUCGUCCAGAGUUCACAGGAAGCAGAAGAUACUUCAGUACCAGAGGGUUCUUUGGCAGAGAGCUUGAGAGCUGCUGCAGAAGCUGCUGUUUCACAAACUGGCUUUAUUUAUGAUGAAAAUACAGGACUAUAUUAUGACCAUAGUACAGGAUUCUACUAUAAUUCGGAAAAUCAACUGUAUUAUGAUCCAGCAACAGGAAUUUAUUAUUAUUGUGAUGUGGAAAGUGGCCGAUACCAGUUUCAUUCACGAGUGGAUCUGCAGUCUUAUCAGGCCUCUAGUACUCAGUGCACCAAGGAGAAAAAAGGAAAAAAGAAGAGAAAAGAGCCAGAACGGAUUACUGCAAAUGAGUAUAAGGAUUUGGACACGGAAGAGCAGAAAUCGUCUAACAGUCUGAAUUGCUUUUCCACUACUGAGCAAGUGAGUUCUAAUGAAGAAGAAGAGUUUCCAAAUGUAAGGAAGAAGACUAAAAUGGACACAAAACCACGAAAGAGUUUAACAGCCAAAGAAUCCAUUUCUACAGACAGUAUAAAUUCAUAUUCACGCAAAAGUACACCAGAUACUGCAGCAUAUACAGAUGACAGUAGAACAGCAGACACAGAGAGUGAGCCAGAAGAAGGUGAAAUUACAGAUUCUGAGUGUGAAGCCUACAGCAGUGAGGAUGAAGUAACAAGUGAAGAAACUGCUGAUUCAGAAGAUUCAGAAGAUGAAGAUGAAGAAAAGAUCUGGCCUCCCUGUAUCAGAGUAAUUGUAAUAAGAUCGCCAGUUCUACAGACUGGAUCACUUUAUAUUAUCACAGCUGUGAAACCUGCUACAAUUGGAAGAGAAAAAGAUGUUGGACACACACUUCAGAUUCCUGAAGUUGGAGUCAGUAAGUUCCAUGCAGAAGUAUAUUUUGACCACGAUUUGCAAAACUAUGUUCUUGUGGAUCAAGGCAGUCAGAAUGGAACAGUUGUUAAUGGAAAUCAGAUUCUCCAGCCUAAAAUAAAAUGUGAUCCCUACAUCUUGGAGCAUGGAGAUGAAGUGAAGAUUGGUGAAACGGUGCUUUCUUUUCAUAUACAUCCUGGCAGUGACACUUGUGAUGGAUGUGAACCAGGACAAGUCAGAGCGCAUCUUCGCCUGGACAGGAAAAAGGAAUCUUCUGGUUUGUCGUGUUAUCAUGGGAUACGUUGUUUAUUACAGCCCUUUGUAAACAUAAUUACUUCAGUUUUCUUACAAUUUUGUUGUCAGCUAGGAAUAGUUCUACAAUACAUGAUGAUGUAUUUUCUUCUUGUUAUGUGUGUCUAUGUAAUAAUGUUACAACAAAAUUUCUCAGAGUUGUCUUAUGUUUCAAAACAUUGUUACAUUAUUAAUCAGAAAGUCAAUCCUGUGUUCUUCCUUUUAGUUUGCCCAGCACUUAGCAAAGAAGAGAGAGAGUUAGUAAGAAGAAAAGCAUUAAAACAAAUACGGGUAAAAUAUGGUUUACAGAACACAGAAUAUGAAGACAACAAAGCAGUGAAGAAUCCAAAGUACAAAGAUAGAGCAGGAAAACGCAGAGAGACCAUUGGAAGUGAAGGAACCUUCCAGAGAGAUGAUAGUCCAGCUUCUGUUCAUAUUGAAAUCAGCAACAGCAACAAAGGACAUAAAAUGUUGGAGAAGAUGGGAUGGAAGAAAGGGGAAGGCCUGGGAAAGGAUGGUGGUGGUAUGAAGGAUCCGAUCCACCUUCAGUUACAUAAGACACACGCAGGUUUGGGUACCAGUAGACCAGCUUCAAUUGAAGAUGUUCAGAUCAUCCAAAGCAAGAAUAAAAAGAACUGGGAUAAAGCAAGAGAGAGGUUUGCUGAAAACUUCCAAGAACCUAAAUCAGAAAGGGAUACACCUAAGAUUACACCUUGGGUUAGAGGGACUGUAGAGUAA